AUGCAUCCAGAGGAAAAGCUCCAGUCGGACUUUGCUUACCUGCAAGACGUUUCUGUCACCUGCUCCACGGCUGACUUUGUCUUGCGGGUCAAACCAGUUUUCUACGGCCAUGGUGCCAAUGCAGAGGAGCUGAGACUAGGCAGAGGCUGCAAAAGCAACGGGGUUCUCAGACCCUACGGUGACCUGCUCUUCACUUACCCUCUGACGGCGUGUGGAGCGGUGCGGGAGUCGCCCCCCGGUUAUCUCCUCUACAAAUUCACACUCCAUUAUGAGCCUUCGCCAAAACGUUUCCCAACCAGAGCGCAGCGGAUCGAUGUGGACAUUGAAUGCCGUUAUCAAAGGAACCACCAUGUGCACAAGCUGACAGUGCAGCCCACCUGGGAGACUCCUGGCAUGCGUAAAAAACUGAAGGGAAAUGCAAAUGACUUCCAGAUGGAGUUGAUGGAUGAUUUGUGGAGCACACCUGCCCAGUCACGGGUGUACCAGCUUGGAAAGACGGUUAAUUUCCAGAUCUCUGCACCUCAUCUCUCAACUGGUUCAAAACUGUACAUCAAUAGCUGCUAUGCUUCACCAUCCAGUGACUCUAAAUCAUCCCUCAAAUACAGCAUCAUUGGCAAUUUUGGCUGUAUGCUGGACAGUAAGAGCGACCCAGGGGCGUCUCGGUUCGUCUCUCGGACAGACAAGACCCUGAGAUUCUCCAUCCAGGCCUUCCAGUUCACUGCAGACCCUGACUCGGAGGUUAAUAUUCACUGCAAGUUAUUAGUCUCAUCUGAAGACCUGGGUCCUGCUCACAAAUCAUGCACCUACAAAAAGGACAGGUGGAAGGCCCUCUCUGGUGACAAGACCAUAUGUGACUGCUGUGAUUCACAGUGUGUGCCCUCUAAACUCCAGAGGGCCAUGAUGGAAGGUUUUUCCAGCAGUGGGUCUUUGCUGGUCUCUGAUCAGCCGUACACGACAGAAGAUGACCUUCUACCAGUCGGCAUUAGCGGAGUCGGCCAUGUCACGAUGCAUGACACCGAUAAGCUACAAGAGACCCCGCUGGAAAGUGAUGAUGGAGUGACUUAUGAUGAUUACGAUGAAGAGCUAGACUACGCAUAUGAGGAGGAGGAAGAGGGGUUUGAAGAGGAUGAAGAAGGAAGUGGGUUUAUCCUUGGAGUGAUGCCUGAACCUCAUUCAGAGGAGUUAGGAUUUAAGGACAGGGUUUCAGUUGAGUCUAAGGUGAAGGAUUCACAUCAGUUAAAAGAGGAUGGGUCAGGGUUUGUAGGGCGAGAAGAGAGUGAAGAGGAGGAGGAGGAUUUUAAAGGAGGAGAAGAUGAGACCCAUUGGAAUCAGGAGGAGGCUGAAGUCUUACGUCAUUGGGGGCAGUUGGAUGAAAUCUUCACAUCACAAGUCGUCCCACAGAGAGAAUCACACCUGCCGGCCUCUGAAAGUGAGGAAGAGGAGAGGAAGCAUACAGGUGGAGGUGAAGAGCAUGAGAGGAAGCAUACAGGUGGAGGUGAAGAGCAUGAGAGGAAGCAUACAGGUGGAGGUGAAGAGCAUGAGAGGAUGAUGGAGGAGAGGAAGCAUACAGGUGGAGGUGAAGAGCAUGAGAGGAAGCAUACAGGUGGAGGUGAAGAGCAUGAGAGGAUGAUGGAGGAGAGGAAGCAUAUAGGUGGAGGUGAAGAGCAUGAGAGGAUGAUGGAGGAGGAGAGGAAGCAUAUAGGUGGAGUUGAAGAGCAUGAGAAGAUGGAGGAGGAGAGGAAGCAUAUAGGUGGAGGUGAAGAGCAUGAGAGGAUGACGGAGGAGAGGAAGCAUACAGGUGGAGUUGAAGAGCAUGAGAGGAUGGAGGAGGAGAGGAAGCAUACAGGUGGAGGUGAAGAGCAUGAGAGGAAGCAUACAGGUGGAGGUGAAGAGCAUGAGAGGAAGCAUACAGGUGGAGGUGAAGAGCAUGAGAGGAUGAUGGAGGAGAGGAAGCAUACAGGUGGAGGUGAAGAGCAUGAGAGGAAGUAUACAGGUGGAGGUGAAGAGCAUGAGAGGAUGAUGGAGGAGGAGAGGAAGCAUAUAGGUGGAGGGGAAGAGCAUGAGAGGAUGACGGAGGAGAGGAAGCAUACAGGUGGAGUUGAAGAGCAUGAGAGGAUGGAGGAGGAGAGGAAGCAUACAGGUGGAGGUGAAGAGCAUGAGAGGAUGACUGAGUGGGAGGAUGACGACAGUCUAGAAGAUUUCGUAGAUGAUGGAGAGAGUACCUGGUAUUUCCCAUGGAGGUAGCGUUGGGUCAAUGGAUCGAUCAGUAUUCUGCUCAAAGACCCUAACCCCCAUGAUAGUAGGAUAUUCUGAUUUAUUUCAAUAAAAAACAUGAAAAUGCA